UGUAUAGAAAUCGCGUAGUUUCUUGAUCAUGAUGUUUUUGGAGAAGGUGAAACGUUUAUUGCAAACAGUUUGGUGGUUGCUAGCAGCAGCAAAGGUGGUAACCGCGGGCAUAUCCUGCCUCAGUAGUCCCUGCCUCCAUGGUAUUUGCAUAGAUGACGUAAACACAACAUACUCAUGUUACUGUGUGGACGGCUACACUGGAGUUCAGUGUCAAACCAACUGGGAUGAAUGCUGGUCUAAUCCUUGCCAAAAUGGAGGCACCUGCAUCGAUGGCAUUGCUUCCUAUAACUGCUCCUGCCCUGACGGAUUCAUAGGUGACAACUGCGAGACCAACUACAAUGAAUGCGAGUCCAACCCUUGCCUCAACAACGGCACAUGCAUAGACAUGAACAACGGAUACCUCUGCUCCUGCAUACCAGGGUAUUCUGGAGACCAUUGUGAGCUAGACGUAGCAGUAUGCAACUCCACGGAAGAAGUUCGUUGCUACAACGGGGGUCAAUGUAUCGAGGGGCCUGGCUUUAAAUUUUAUUGCAAAUGCUUACCCGGUUGGGCGGGACCUAAAUGUGAAGACCAGAUUGAUGAAUGCGAAUCAAAUCCGUGUCAAAAUGGAGGGGUUUGCAUCGAUGUGCACGCAGAUUACAUGUGUGCUUGUGCCUUUGGCUUCACAGGAAAAAGUUGUGAAGUACAAAUAGAGUUUUGUGAUGAAAACUCUUGUAGUAACAAUGCUUUGUGCGUUGUGGAGGAUGGCGCUAGAGUCUGUUAUUGCGUUCCUGACUACCAUGGAGAGAGAUGCGAGUUGCAAUAUGACGAAUGUUUAUUGGGACCCAGGUGCAUGAACGGCGGCACAUGUAUCGAUGGAGUAGAUAAUUUCACUUGCUCCUGUCCUCCGCGACUAACUGGUCCAUUAUGUGAAUGUCUCAUACUUGACGAUGAAAGUUACGAUUGCGAAUACGUCAGCCCUACACCUCUAACAAGUUCCACGCAAUCAGUUCUAACAACUUUGAUAGAAGAAAUUACAACACCGAGCGUUUACACUGAAAUGUCUACAUACAGUCCAAACGACACAACCAUUUUAACAACUGAUAGCGAUGCUGUGUCUACUACAGUAACAGAUACAAGUACUGAAAAGAAACCAGUUUUUACAGCUACAACAGUUAUAACCGAAAUAACAACGAAAGAAGAUGCCAUCAGUAGUACAUCUGAAGAAACUACAUUAACUAGUGAAUCUACAACAACGAAAGCAGGAAUUUCAGAACUACCAGACCAUGAAGAAACAAGACCAACUAUAGAUUCUGAUAAUGCAAAAACAGAUACUACUACUGAUGACGCAGUUAGUACUUCAUCAUCACCUACUGAUUUCACUACUAGUUCGAUGGGUAGUACUAAAUUUUAUAUACCAAUAGAAACAACUAAGGAUAUCACCGAAGAUGGUACCCCUACAUCUUCUGGUACUACACAUAGUACCACAGAAGAAGUGACAGUUCCAGGAGAAAUAACAACUACACCUAAAGUGGAUGUGAGUACAGACCAAAUGUUCACAGACAUUCCUACUGACCGUCCAGGAACUGAACAACCAACUGGCUUUUCGUCUACUACUGAGGCUGUGGAAGUUAGCAGUGGUAGCGUCAGUAGUGGCAGUACAGAGAUUGUGACCACAGUGCAGUCUGAGUGCACUGAUUCAAUAUGUAAUGGUCAUGGAAGCUGUAUCAACACUCCGCAUGGGAUACGGUGCCAUUGCAAUUUCAAUUAUGGAGGAAGAUUUUGUGACGAAGCAAUAACAAUUACGUCUGCAGCGUUCGGAGGGAAUUCGUUCAUAGCUCAUAAACUUGCAAAUACUACGUCUAUCAACAUAGAAUUCAACGCGAAAACUCUCAUUACGGACGGACAAAUACUGCAUGCGGAUAUCGCGAAAGGAGUUUACAUGCAAUUGUACAUGAAUUCUGGUUUAUUGAAAUUCAAAUUUUCGUGCGGCUACCAAACAAUGCUUUUGAGCGAGCUGAAGACUUUUGUCAAUAAAGGGUAUCCUAUGAAAAUUGAAACGAGGCUCGAUUUGUACCCAGAAGAUCAGCACUGUAACGCGACACUACGUCUGAAUGACACAGUGGCUAUGAGUGGUGGUCAAGUUGCCAAUAUUACCACUCUCGACCAUAACUCCACAUUAUACCUUGGCAACUCCAGAGACACCAAGGAUAGCGAGAGCAAACCGUUCAUUGGAUGCAUCCGGGACCUAAUUGUAAACGGUGAAAAACGCGAAGUGUUCGGUGAUGCUCUGGACGCUGGAGAAGUAACGGAGUGCCUGUCCCUCUCUUGUCUGUCUGGCCCUUGUCUCAACGGAGGUACCUGCAGUGACCACCACGAUGGAGGGUAUACCUGCUCCUGUGCGAAUGGUUGGCUAGGAGAGCAUUGUAAUGAAUCAGUGUGCGAGAAUAACCCGUGCCAGUCUGGUGGUAGCUGCGUCCGUCACCCGGGCAGUGGGUUCCUCUGCUUGUGCCCUUAUGGGAAACAUGGCAUCUUGUGUGAAUACAACGUAGAAAUAACGCGUCCAGCAUUAGCUCCAAUCAGUACUGGGAUAUCUUCCUAUAUCAUGUACGCAUUAUCCCCGGCUGCUAUGAACUCCGAUCGUUUCGACCUGCGCCUUCGCUUCCAGACUUCAGAUAUGGAUCAAAUAGCUCUGCUUGCUUUCAUCGGCCAAAGUGGAAGACAUGAUUCCCGAAGCCAACAUCUAGCAUUGACUUUUGUGAAGGGAUAUAUUAUGCUUACUUGGAAUAUGGGCAGUGGUCCUCGUCGAGUAUUUACGUCCCGUGCUCUAAGCCCCCGACGUGGUGGCCAUGCGGUCCGCGUGUGGAGACGCGGUCGCUCAGCCGGUCUUAGUGUGGACGGACGACACAAUAUCUCCGGCAAUGCACCCGCUCAUAGCACCAAGAUGACGCUACUACCAUACAUUUUUAUUGGUGGACAUCCAUCACCAGACUUCGCGGAUCUGCCCCACGAUUUGCCCUUGCACAGUGGAUGGCGGGGUUGUAUUUGGGAGGUGGGUGGGCAAGCAAUUGGCGCUGGUGCGAGGGCCGCUGGGGGUCGAGGAGUGGGACAGUGUGGUGUCGCACAGUGCACUGCUAAGUCUUGUAAUGCACCACGAGGCGUUUGCAUACAUUCUCCUGCAACUUAUGGAUGUAUCUGCAACGAGGGUUGGUUCGGGGCAACGUGCUCUAGUACCCGCAACCCUUGCGACCGCGCGCACUCCAAAUGUCAAGGACAGUGCGUCAUCACUACUGACGGGAACACGCAGUGCGACUGUCCUUAUCGCAAGACUGGAGUUUACUGUGAUCAGGACCUAAUUCCCACGGAUGUCCUAUUUACGGGAACGAGAUCCUACUUGCAGUUGCACCCUACCACCAUUUCCAGCGUCAGUCUGUCUUUGGAGUCUGAAAUCAAGCCGGCUAAGGAACGCGGGCUCGUGAUGUUUGUUAAGACUCCACAUUUCUAUACUGCCUUGUCCCUUCAGGGAGGCUUGCUGGAGUAUCGGUGGACUGAUCGUCUAUCCGGAGUGACAUCACUGGUGCGUAGUGGAGUGGUAGUAUCAAUGUCCCAGUGGCACAGCGUCAAAGCUGGUCGGUACGGUAGUAGACUGUAUGUGUGGGUCGACGGGUCUCUUAGUACUGAGGCCAUGUUGGCACAUGCAUACCCCCAUACUAAUGGCAACGCUUCUAUAUUACUUGGUGGUGCAAAAGACCUGUCUACCCUGCCUUUCGAUGCGAUGUCAGGUGCACCAGCGCCAUACACGGGCUGCAUCAAAAACUUCCACGUCAACAAUAUUCUGCUUCCUUUAGAACAGCAGAAUAUACAAGAGGGUCGCAACCUAGCAGACUGUGACGGCACAGCCUGUGGAGACGAGGCAUGUGGAGGCGGUGUCUGUAUACUCGAACAAGGCAGGGCUCGGUGUUCAUGCGGAGCUUCCUCCAACUACAUUGGUACUGGGCCUCGUUGCCGUCGCCAUGUCUCCUGCCAACCUUCCACCUGUGCCCCGCCUAGAGGUCGCUGCAGAGCUGACCGAUGCAUCUGCUCUGCUGGAUACGCUGGGACUUUCUGUGAUCAAAAGAUCGACAUCAAAAUCCCGCAAUUUGAUGGUACUUCGUUAGUAUCACUAGGACGACAGUCUGCAAUGGUCCAUACUAAUCAACAACGAAUUGCUCCGACUCUUGCCAGGCCCAGCUACGUCGCACUUAAUUUUACAACGGCUGAACCAAAUGGUCUACUGGUAUGGAUUGAAAUGGGCAACGAUUACAUUGGACUAGGACUUGAGAAUGGAUAUGCAAAACUGGUCUGGUCAUUCAAUCAUAACAGUGUUAAAACAGUUAAAUCGGGCUAUGGAGAUUUGGUGGGAUCUCCAAGGACUUUGACCAGACUGAUGCCUCAUGCUGGCUACCUAAGUGAUGGUGAAUGGCAUAUUUUAGUUCUACAGAUCAACGAAACUAAUAUUACAUUGACGGCUGAUAAUACACUGGUGUAUACGGAAGAACCAGGAUUGAAUAUUGAAGCUGAGUAUGAUGAUAUCGACAUGUUUAUUGGUGGCAUAUCAGACCAUGACUAUGAAAAAGCGAAAAAAAUAUUCCCAAAUAAUUUUAAAGGCUGCAUCGACCAAAUUUCUACAAGGGAGAAAUCAUUUAUAACGAAUUAUACAGAAGUGUAUAGCGAGAACGUGAAGUCGUGCCAACUCUACCCCCCAACAUGAUCAGACUAAGUUAUAAUGAGAACUAGGUCUUGUGAAAAUACUCAUAGUACAAAAAGUCUAGUCUUCUUAUAGGACCAAUGUCUUAUAAACGCAAUGUUAUCAUAGGACACUUUCGCCCGAAUACUGAAAGGAUAUUCAAUUUUAAAUUGUACUUAAAUAUCGUACCAUCUCUGCCAUUUUACAAAAAGACCUUGUAGUAACAGAAUUAUUAAAAUGGAGUGAAUAGGGAUCGAGAGGUGAAUACAGACAAAAGAGGGGUGAAUAGAUAGAUAUUGGGAAAUUCUUCAUUCGAUUCACCCUUUUUCUGUCUGUAUUCACCUCUCGGUCCCUAUACAAUCCAUUUUAGCGUACUUAAGCGCUACUUAAAAUUGAGUGACGUUUGAGUAUUCGGACAUUUUCUUAGUAUUUAUAAUAUAUGGGUGCAAUUAUAUAUAAGUUUAUUAUAACUUAGUA